CAGACAACAUGCUAUAUCACUUUUAAGAAGAACAUUAAGACCUACUUGUUUAAAACUUUUUUUAGAUUAGUUUUUGAUUUUAGUUGUCGUGUUUGUGUUUGUAAUGUUAUUACAGUGCCUUGAGCCUACAUUUUGUUUGUUAACAGCGCUUUAUAAAUAAAAUUAUUAUUAUUAUUUUAAGUAGCUUUCUUAUCCAUUCAUUAAGUUCUUUAUUUUGAAAUCGCCUUUUUAGAACCUUCCCACGUCAGUCCUACGUCACAUGUGCCACACCCAUCAGUCUAAAAUUAAACGAGAGACGACUUGAAUUUUACCAGUCAAAAAAUACAAAGUCAAAACCGGUUUGAGAUUUAAAAAAAAAAAAAAAGAAACUGCCUGACACAAUAACACACAAAACGCGAAGCAUAGAUCUACAUAUGUCUAUUAUAACUGAAGCUGAAUCGACCCCACAGGCGUCAUUGAAACGUCUGCUGAAGAGCCAGUCGGACGAGUCAAACUCUUCUUUCCUCACUCACCAAACUUUAUAUGUGGUUUGUUGAUAACAUCAUGAUGUUUCGAGCUAUUCCCUGAUGUCUGAUCACGUGACUCUGUUCACGUGAAAGCCAAUGCAUAUAAAAAAUAAUAAAACCAUGGUUAAGUAUGUAGACCAUAACAAUACCUACGAAGCUCUUCCUACUACAAGCAAUUCAGACUCACCUCUGUCCAGUAUAAGCGAUUCAGCCUCAUUUUUGUCUAUUACCAGAGAUAUGACAUACCACCAAUUGGGCAGUUAUGAAGAUUUUAUCCCAGAAGAUGGUGAAGAAUUCGACCUGCACAAACACUGGAGCGAUUGUGUGAAGUGUCCAGGCCAUACACAGUCCAAACCCAAUGAAAGAUUAAAAACUAAUCAGCUUCUUGAUCUUUUUCACUUCAUCAAACGUCGAGCUGACCUGUCAAUCAGAGUAGAAGUACGGAAGAUACGUCCGGACAGGUUUGAUGUCACAUUGGUCAGCAAAAGAAUAUUCUCUCGUGCUUAUAAAAAAGGUAGCAUCAACUUCCGGCUGGGGACAGGAGCCAUGAGACAAGUGUUGAAGUUUAUGACUAGAAACAGCCUUAAACACUUUGGUGAACACCGAAAACAUCGCACACAUUGUAGGUGUUUAAUAUGUCAACGCUCAGAAACAUCGCGAAACGUCUGCUGGGAAUUCAGUGUGGUCAAAGCCGAUCACGUGGUCUAUGACGACAUUGUGGCAAGGCACACCACUCUCACUCCAUUUAACGACAGUGAUUCAAGCUCCGAAGUGAUCAUUGACCAAUCAGGCAUUUAUGAAGACUUUAUGCCAGAAGAUGGUGAAGAAUUCGAUCUGCACAAACACUGGAGCGAUUGUGUGAAGUGUCCAGGCCAUACACAGUUCAUACCCACUGAAAGAUUCGAAAAAAAUCAUCUUCCUGAACACUAUCGCAAUCAGGAUCUUUUUGACUUCAUCAAAAGUCAGGCUGACCUGACAGUCAGAGUAGAAGUCCGUAAGAUAAGUCCAGACAGGCCUGAUGUCACACCGGUCAGUAAAAGGAUAUUCCCUCGUGCUGACAAAAAAGGCGGCACCAACUUCCGGCUGGGGACAGGCACCAUGAGACAAGUGUUCAAGUUUCUCAACGGAAACAGUCACAAGAACUUGGGCAAGCACAGCGAGCACCACACACGUUGCUGGUGCACGGCAUGCCAGCGCUCAGAAACGCCUAGCAACGUCUGGUGGGAAUUCAACGUCGAAACAGCCGCCCACGUGGUCUACGACGACGCCGAAGCCAGGCACGCCACUCUCACUUUGUUUUACGACAGUGAUUCAAGCUCCAGGGUGACCAUCGACAAAGUCAGCGUCAUUCAUUCAGACGUAGAAAGGGAUUUCUCGGUCCUGGAAUGCGUGACAUGCGACGUACAGCUCGGAGAAAAACUAGAAAGGGUUUGGAAAAGUUUCGACCGCCUGUGGGUGAAAGUCUACAACCAGUACAAGGAAUCCAGCGAAGCAGAACGACUGACCUUUAUCGUGUCCCAUCCUCAUGGGAGUACCAAACAGAUCAGUAUCGGUCGUUGGACGGAGCAAAAGCUGGUAGGUCAGUGUUACAAUAGAUUUGUGUACACGACGUGUACCUGUCCGGGGAGCAGCGGAGCCCCAGUUCAUGUUGUAGGCUCCAAUUGGUGGUGGCGGGAUCAACAUGUUCACAGUGGAACCGGCCCCAGCGGUAAUUAUAGUGGGCUCGGUCGAUACUUGUGAAGCAAGAGAUGAUUAGGAUUUCAGAGGUCAUUACACUGGGAUUGGCUAAUAUCAAGAUUCAGUAGUGAUAGCGAAAAAAAAAAUGAUAUUGAAACAACUUCAAAGUAAAACAAUUUCAUAGUGAAACAACUUGACAGCAAAACAUAUAGACAGAGAAACAACUAGAUAGCGAAACUACUUAUUAUUCAAACAACUUGAUAGCAAAGCAACUUGAUAAUUAAACGGCCUGAUAUUGAAACAAUUUGAUAGUGAAACAAAGUAAUAAUGAAUUAGCUUGAUAGUGAAACAAUAUAAUAGUGAUUAGUGAUACAGCUUAAUAGUGAAACAACAUUAUCUUAAAACAACUUAAUAGUGAAACAACUUGAUGCUGAAACUAUGUUAUAGCAAAACAGCUUGAUUUUGAAAUAACUUGAUUGCAAAAUAGCUUGAUAGUAUAAAAGCUUGAUAUUGCAACAACUAGUUAGCGAAACAGCUUUAUGUUCAAACAACUUGAUAGCAAAGCAACUUAAUAGUGACAAACCGUGAAUUGAAACAAUCUAAUAGUGAAACAACGCAAUAAUGAAUUAGUUUGAUAGUGAAAAAUUUAAUAGUGAUACAACGUAAUAGUGAAACAAUUUUAGUGAUACAUGUUAAUAGUGAAACAACAUGAUUUUAAAACAACUUAAUAGUGAAACAGCUUAAUAGUGAAACAGGUCGAUAGUGAAACAACUUGAUAUUGAAAAAAAAUCAAAAGUAAUAAUAAGUAGAGAAUGAAACAAAUUAAAAGGGAGACAAUUAAAAAAAAUUUUAAAAAAUGAAAAAUUAGACAACAUGCUUUUGAUAGUAUGAAUACAUCUAAAAGAAUGUUAUAUUGGUAAAGAAAGAUAUAGAGAACUUGUGUUAGCUUCUCUUAUUUUCUAAUGUUAUAUUUUCUUAAAUUACAUUUUCUUACAUUAUAGUUUCUUAUAUUUUAAAAGGCACAUUUUAUUUUAUUAUAUAUUUUUGAAAUGUGAAGGCCCUCUUUAAGAUUGAGGAUAUAAAAGGGCCGUACACUCUUGCACUGCCAAAAGUCCAGCCCUUUGGUGUAGCGUUCCAACGUUACUAGUGUUUCGUUUCGUUGGCUUUAUAAGUGGCAAUUUUUAUCGUUCAUCGUUUAUUUUGAACUCAAAUAACGUUUGUAGCAAUUAUAAUACUUAUAUUAUUCCCUGAAGUAUAAAAUGACUCAAUAUUAUUUACACAUCUAUAACCUCUUGUUUUUCAAUGCAUUAUGAGAGAGCCCAAAAAAAUUGUGUAACACCUUUUUUUUUUCCUUACACAUUACGAUGUGCACUGCCACUCUUGGAUAGGUUACUAUUGUAAUAGAUCCUAGUGGAUUGUAGGUUACUAUUGUAAUAGAUACUAGUGGAUUGUAGGUUACUAUUGUAAUAGAUACUAGUGGAUUGUAGGUUACUAUUGUAAUAGAUACGAGCGGAUUGUAGGAUACUAUUGUAAUAGAUACUAGUGGAUUGUAGGUUACUAUUGUAAUAGAUACGAGCGGAUUGUAGGAUACUAUUGUAAUAGAUACUAGUGGAUUGUAGGAUACUAUUGUAAUAGAUACUAUCGGAUUGUAGGGUACUAUUGUAAUAGAUACUAGUGGAUUGUAGGUUACUAUUGUAAUAGAUACGAGCGGAUUGUAGGUUACUAUUGUAAUAGAUACUAGUGGAUUGUAGGUUACUAUUGUAAUAGAUACGAGCGGAUUGUAGGAUACUAUUGUAAUAGAUACUAGUGGAUUGUAGGAUACUAUUGUAAUAGAUACUAUCGGAUUGUAGGGUACUAUUGUAAUAGAUACUAGUGGAUUGUAGGUUACUAUUGUAAUAGAUACGAGCGGAUUGUAGGUUACUAUUGUAAUAGAUACUAGUGGAUUGUAGGUUACUAUUGUAAUAGAUACGAGCGGAUUGUAGGAUACUAUUGUAAUAGAUACUAGUGGAUUGUAGGUUACUAUUGUAAUAGAUACGAGCGGAUUGUAGGAUACUAUUGUAAUAGAUACUAGUGGAUUGUAGGAUACUAUUGUAAUAGAUACUAUCGGAUUGUAGGGUACUAUUGUAAUAGAUACUAGUGGAUUGUAGGUUACUAUUGUAAUAGAUACGAGCGGAUUGUAGGAUACUAUUGUAAUAGAUACUAGUGGAUUGUAGGUUACUAUUGUAAUAGAUACGAGCGGAUUGUAGGAUACUAUUGUAAUAGAUACUAGCGGAUUGUAGGGUACUAUUGUAAUAGAUACUAGUGGAUUGUAGGUUACUAUUCUAAUAGAUACGAGCGUAUUGUAGGAUACUAUUGUAAUAGAUACUAGUGGAUUGUAGGUUACUAUUGUAAUAGAUACUAGCGGAUUGUAGGUUACUAUUGUAAUAGAUACUAGUGGAUUGUAGGUUACUAUUGUAAUAGAUACUAGUGGAUUGUAGGGUACUAUUGUAAUAGAUACUAGCGGAUUGUAGGUUACUAUUGUAAUAGAUACUAGUGGAUUGUAGGUUACUAUUGUAAUAGAUACUAGCGGAUUGUAGGGUACUAUUGUAAUAGAUACUAGCGGAUUGUAGGUUACUAUUGUAAUAGAUACUAGUGGAUUGUAGGUUACUAUUGUAAUAGAUACUAGUGGAUUGUAGGUUACUAUUGUAAUAGAUACUAGUGGAUUGUAGGUUACUAUUGUAAUAGAUACUAGUGGAUUGUAGGUUACUAUUGUAAUAGAUACUAGCGGAUUGUAGGGUACUAUUGUAAUAGAUACUAGCGGAUUGUAGGUUACUAUUGUAAUAGAUACUAGUGGAUUGUAGGUUACUAUUGUAAUAGAUACUAGCGGAUUGUAGGGUACUAUUGUAAUAGAUACUAGCGGAUUGUAGGUUACUAUUGUAAUAGAUACUAGUGGAUUGUAGGUUACUAUUGUAAUAGAUACUAGUGGAUUGUAGGUUACUAUUGUAAUAGAUACUAGUGGAUUGUAGGUUACUAUUGUAAUAGAUACUAGCGGAUUGUAGGGUACUAUUGUAAUAGAUACUAGCGGAUUGUAGGUUACUAUUGUAAUAGAUACUAGCGGAUUGUAAUUGUAAUUACUAUUGUAAUUUUCCUAUUAUUUCCUAUUAUUAUUAUUCCUAUUAUCCUAUUAUUAUAGGUUAUUGCCUAUUGAAUCUUGAAAAUUAUACAUGGGUUAACAAUAUGAAUGCUUAAUUUUUUUUUAUAUGCACGCUUUCGUAUGACUACUUAGGUGUUGCGCCUAAGAAUAUACAUAUUUAUAUAGUAUCAUUUUUUUUUUCUAAAAGUUUACACAUUGAAUUAUAAGGACAGAAAGAUUCGCGCUCUGAAUAGCAAAGUCUCGGCCUGUUUUUGACAUAAUACAGGCGUUGGUCACAGAAUGCAGCACCAUGGACUCCAUAAGACAUUAUGUAUGGUGAUCUCAUCGAAGGCAGGAGAGCCGUCCACUUUUAAGUUAGACUGGUGUAAGCAAACGCGAAAUGAAACUCUUCAAAAUCGACACUAGCAGUUUGAAAAAAAAGAGGCAAAUGAUAGUUCCACACGGAGAGCGAGCAUAAAGGAAGUGUCCUGGAUGGCAGAUGCUAUACACACCGGAAGUAGAAAGAAGGGUGAAAGUGCAACACCGGAAGUAGAAAGAAGUGCGACAUCGUCUGGUGAUUACACAUGCCCAACCUGUGACCACAGUUGUGUAUCAAAGACUGGUGGCCUCUUCAGUCACAUGAGAAGUUGCAAAGGGAAAGAAUUAUCUCUCGAGACGUGAAAGGUCACAGAGAGACAGGCGACGGUGAAAGGAGAUUUUCAAUAGCACUUUCAGCUUCAUGAAAUGUAAUCUUUUGUACAAAUCUCAUAUUUCGAACUACACUUAUGUCUCAAAACAACCCAAACUUUAAUGACAGUAAAAACAAAAACAACUAAUAGGUUUGUAUAGAUUCUAAAACUUCUAUAUGAUGUAGAUCAGUGAUGCCCAACCUAAUUCGACCCGCGGGCCUUUUAAUUUCCAACACUUGUCUCGCGGGCCACACGAGCGAAGUUACAAAAACGAAAUGAAAUUGUUCUGAAACUAUUUUAGUAGAAAAACAGGUUAUUGGACAAUUAUAUUUUUUUUAUACAUGAUAAAACAUUUUCGUUUCGCUACUUAAAAUGUGAGCAACAGUGUCGGCACCUUUACCACCGACUCAUUUUGUGGUCUCUUUUAGGUAAAUAUUCCCAUGGAUCCUCCAACCUCUAGCGUAGUUUAACAAACUUUCAUUCGCGACUCAAACCAAGAAUGCCAUGUUGUUGUCUUAUUAUACAGCCACAUUUUCUAUAUAAAAUAAAUAUGUUGGCUUAUUACCAUGUUCAACAAAAAAAAGUAAAGAUAUGUUCACUUUCCUGGUAGAUUCUGCAUUCAGAGUCCAAUUUCAUAAACUCACAAUGUUAAAUCAUGAUACCAAGCCGUCAUCGCAAAAGUGAUGGCCCAAAAGUAGGUAAAGAUACAUUUUUUUUCAACCUUUUUUUUUGUUUUGUUUAGAAGGAGGAUUUCUACACUUUGUGCUGUCGGGCCGGAUGGAACCAUGUCGCGGGCCAGAUCUGGCCCGCGGGCCGUAUUUUGGGCAUCACUGAUGUAGAUUAUAGACAAUAAACUUGCACUAGAUGAAGGCAUUGCUAAUCUCCACCAUAAUCUUGAAGCUCAUUUUUUUUUCGCACUAGCUUUUUGUGUCUGCAAUCCUAAGAUAAUUUUAUUUGGUCCAAACCAAGAGAAAUUAAGAUAAUUUUAUUUGGUCCAAACCAAGAGAAAUUCAGUUUUACUACAGUUGUCCCACCAUCAGCAUUACAACUAGAACCAUAAGGUUGCAAAUACAACAAAAAAAACUUUUAAAAAAAAUUACAAAAAAACAAAUAAUGACAGACAUAGUUCAGACAUACAUACACACACCACACACAAAGCUUGAUACAUCGUCUGCUAUGUAGGCCUACUUCUAGUUGACGAGGAAUGACCUUGCAACACGCGGACUUUUUGAUUGAAAUUUUAAAUAGUCAAUAGACCAAUUGAUAUGUUUACUUGUAAUGUACCAUCUUUUUUUACCAUAUUAAAAGUUCUGAUAUUAAAGUGCAAACGCAGUAUAUUACUUUGUGUACCGCGUAUUAAAAAUCAAAACUUUUGGGGGGAUUUUUUUUUUCUUUCUUCUAAGUUGACCAUGACUAGCAUUUAGACUAUUUCCAAUGGUAUAUCAGCAUGUCGCAUACCCCUAUACAUAUAUUAAAUAUAUUUUAUAAUGGCAAUUAUUAUUAUUAUUUUGGUUUAUCAUUUUC